GAAAAUGAUGUGAUGUAUAUAUACAUAACUUUUACAAAGCAGAAAAUAUAUAAUACAUAGUUGCAUCGUACAUAACAUGAAGAGUUUAUCGUAAGAGUAUUCAGCACACACGGAAAGCCACAAAAUGGGUAAAUUAAAUAUUUUUAUGUCGAUUGAAGAAUAGAAACAGAGAGACAGCUCCGACUCAUGAACACAUCAUGUAUCUACUUCUUAAAUUGCUCGUAUUAUGUGCUUCAAUUUCCCAGAUAGAUCUAUUGGUAAAAACCAAAACCCAAAAAGAAAGACACAGAAAAGCGUCCAAGAAGACAAUUCAAGAGGAAAUGCAAUCGGUAAAAAGAACUUCUUCCGUACCGGGAAUAUUGCAAGAAGCUGUGAACAAUGGUUGGCUCAACGAAUCCAUUGUGGACAUACUUAAAAAAACGGAAACCCACAAAGUUGAAGGGUAUUUUACGAACAGUGAUACAUCCGUGUCUCAAGACAAUACAGAAUGGGAGAACAAGGCUCUACAGCUUCACAACGCACUACGUUUACUCCAUCAUUCGCCACCUUUGACGUGGUCCAAUGCACUUGCUGCAGUUGCUAAAAACAUGUCCCGCCAACUAGCCGACAAAAAUACCCUAAUACGAGAUGAAAUCCUGGAACUAAAUACCUCUAGUAAUAAACUGAAGAAAAGGUCAAAUGUUGCAAAUUAUGGAACAUACGGCGAAAACACCAUUAAACUGUCCAACGUACCCUACCGUUGCAACUAUGGUGUGCAAGAGGCCAUCAAGCGAUGGUACAAUCAAGGACGUUAUUUCAGCUUUUCAUCGCCCCAAAUUAACAAGGACACAUCCUUUACACAAGUCAUUUGGAAGAAGAGCAAACAGCUAGGAAUUGGUUGCGCAGAGAGAAAUGGUUUACUUAUUCACGAUUUGUACGUGGUUGCUUUGUAUAAUCCGGCUGGAAAUACACUUAUUGACGUGCGUGAAAAUGUUAGAAAACCUGGUAAAGUAAAUGAUGUUUAUAGAGAUGUAUACUGAUAUAUAUGUAUAGUAAAUUAUAUUUAUGGAGAUAUAUACUGAUGUAUAUAUGGAUAGUAAAUUAUAUUUAUGGAGAUAUAUACUGAUGUAUGUAUGGAUAGUAAAUUAUAUUUAUAGAGAUAUAUACUGAUAUAUAUAUGGAUAGUAAAUUAUAUUUAUAGAGAUA